CAUCAUCUUCACAACACGUUAAUUCGCGUAGUGUUCUAGUCACUAGCAAACAAGAGAGAGCUUUUGUGUCUCCUACCUCAAAAGAAUUCCUCAUCCUCAUCUCUCGCACCUCUCUGCCGGUAGCGCGAGCCACACAGCGCAGUCAUGGCCAGCGACGAUCAGCGGGGGCUACAUUAUGAACAAACGUUGAUGUAUGGUCGCUACACACAGGAGUUGGGGGCGUAUGCCAAAGAAGAGGCAGCUCGCCUGAGGGAGGAGGGGGUGAGGAGGCGCUCGGUCACAGAACGCUCACGCUCCCUGGAACUUCUGGAGAAUGACAAGGGCUGCUGCGCCAAGUGUCGCAUCUGUACAGUGCGCUGUCAGAAGUUCCUCAUCUCUUGUGUUGGUGAAGACUGGAUCUUCCUCAUCCUCCUGGGUCUAUUCAUGGCUCUACUCAGCUGGCUGGUCGACUUUGGUAUCGGCAUCUGUCUACAAUCACAGAAGUGGAUGUAUGUGAACCUGGAGAGUAAUGUGUUUCUCCAGUACCUAGCCUGGGUCACCUACCCUGUGGUGCUCAUCACCUUCUCAGCUGGCUUCACACAGCUACUGGCCCCACAGGCCGUAGGUUCAGGUAUCCCAGAGAUUAAGACCAUUCUGAGGGGUGUAGUGCUGAAAGAAUGCCUCACCUUUAAAACCUUUGUGGCCAAAGUCAUCGGCCUCACCUGUGCCCUGGGCAGUGGCAUGCCUCUGGGCAAGGAGAGUCCGUUUGUUCACAUUGCCAGUCUUGGUGCUGCACUUCUCUGCAAGUUCAUGUCUCUGUUUGGAGGAAUCUAUGAGAAUGAGUCGAGGAACAUUGAGCUGUUGUCAGUUGCCUGUGCUGUUGGGGUGAGCUGUGUUUUCGCUGCCCCUAUAGGAGGUUUGCUGUUCAGUAUUGAGGCAAUGUCUACUUUCUUCACUGUGAGGAACUACUGGAGAGGGUUCUUCGCUGCCACCGUCACUGCCUUCAUGUACAGAGUUCUGGCCGUGUGGAACAGAGACGAGGUGACCAUCACAGCUCUGUUGCCAACCAAUUUCCGUCAGGACUUCCCCUUUGACCUCCAGGAGCUCCCAGCCUUCGCUGUCCUUGGUAUUGCCAGUGGUCUUGGCGGGGCGUUGUUUGUCUGCCUGAACAGACAGAUAGUCCAGUUAAUCAGGAACCAGAAGACCAUCAAAAAGUUUCUCAUGAAGAAGCGUCUACUGUACCCAGCCCUGGUCACUCUGCUUGUGUCUACGAUAACGUUUCCCCCUGGCUUCGGACAGUUCAUGGCAGCCAAGCUGACCCAGAUGGAGUCCCUGGAGACGUUGCUAGAUAACCAGACGUGGUCUAAGCAGGGCAUACCCGAGGAGUUUGACAGCAACAGCCACUCCCAGGCCUGGAAACACCCCCAGGUCAACGUCUUCGUCACCCUCACCCUCUUUGUCGUCAUGAAGUUCUGGAUGUCUGCUCUGGCCAUGACCAUGCCUGUGCCCUGUGGAGCCUUCAUGCCCGUCUUCGUCAUUGGGGCAGCGUUUGGCCGCCUGGUCGGGGAAAGCAUGGCCGCCUGGUUCCCUGAUGGCGUCCACUCUGAUGGCACCAUCUACCCCAUAGAGCCAGGAGUGUACGCAGCCGUAGGUGCGGCGGCCCUGUCUGGAGCAGUCACUCACACAGUGUCGACGGCAGUUGUUGUGUUUGAGCUGACGGGUCAGAUCAGCCACAUCCUGCCGGUGAUGAUAGCGGUGAUACUGGCCAACGCCGUGGCCCAGUCCCUCCAGCCCUCGCUAUAUGACUCCCUCAUCAUGAUCAAGAAACUACCCUACCUCCCUGAACUGGGCUGGGGACACCACGAGAAGUAUAAUAUUCGUGUGGAGGACAUCAUGAUCAGGGAUGUGAUGUACAUCACCCUCAACUGCUGCUACAGAGACCUGCAUGAUGUACUGCUGACUGGACACCUCAAGACCCUGGCCCUGCUCGAGUCCAGUGAGUCGAUGAUCCUGCUGGGUUCUAUUGAGCGUGCCCAGAUCCAGGCCCUCCUGUCCCUACAGCUAGGCCGGCCACGGAGGCUGAAGUACCUGAGAGACCGGGCCACAGCUGAGAAGCGCCUGUCGGUGGUCUCCCACCCGGGCAGUGAGGACGGCUCCACCAUGGUCAACCAGGAGGUCCACUUCCAGGUCAAUAAGAUCUCCACAGAGGAGACUUCCCUCAGUUCCACCCCUACCCCCUCCAUGAAGCCACUGAAGCCGGCCCUGAAGAGACCCUCUGUGGUGGACUGCCCUACUGAGAUACCCAUGCCCACAAGUCCACAGGACCACUCAGGCAGCACCUUAAAGAACCUCUUCCGUGUCAGACCUGAUAUAGAAGGCCUGGAGGAUGACUUCGAUGUGGAUGAUGACAUGACCAUCAGAGAGAUUGCAGAGUGGGAGGAGAACCAGCUUGACGAGCAGGUGAACUUCGACAACUGCAUGAUCGACCCCGCCCCCAUCCAACUGGUGGAGAACACCUCACUACAUAAGACCCACACCAUAUUUUCUCUGCUGGGGUUGGACCAUGCCUACGUCACCAGCAUUGGACGACUCAUCGGAGUGGUGUCCCUCAAAGAGCUGCAGAAGGCCAUCGAGGGCUCUGUGGCAGUGAAGGGGGUGAAUGUGCGCCCCCCUCUGGCCAGUUUCCGGGACAGCGGCACCAGUGGCACCAUUAUGAAUAACGAGAACAAGGCCAGAGAUCUCCACAAGCUGUGGAACCGCCGAAAGUUGAUGUCCCUCCCCCAGGAGCACCGAGCCUCCGACUCUGACGAGAAGUCCAAGUGAGGUGGACUGGGAUAGGUUGACGGGGAUGGGGACAGGUGGAUGGGGACGAUGAUGCGGACAGGUGGACGGGGAUGGGGACAGGUGACACAGGGAUGGGGACAGAUGUGUUGGCGAGGAGUAGGAGGAGCAUUGACCCCCCCCCCCCCCCCCCCCCCAACUCAAAACCACAACCGAUGCUGCAAACUCAUGGCUAAGGUGUCACUGCUUAACAAAGGUGAUCAGAGCAAAAUGUAUAGAAUAUGCGUGUUUUGACUAUAAAAGGAAUUGCAUUUUUUUUACCAAUUUUGCAGACUUGGCUAUUGGUCUGACUUUGAGAGGAAAUUUACAAAAGAAAAUCCUAUGUGUACCUUCUCAGAAAAUACAGUCUCAAACACACACGCACAAGUUUUAAUAAGAGCCAGUCUGCACACUCCAAGACAAUGGAGUUCUCUCUAAAAAUAGCUCUUUAUAACCUUGAAGAGAGGAAGAAGGAGAGGGGGAAAGAGUGAAAAAGGCUAAAAUAUGACAAUAUGAAAGCGUUUUCUGUUAUCUAAUCUGCUGCUGCUUUAGGGUGUCCCCCCCCCCCCCCAUAGAACCCAGGGUAGCUUUCUGGUUGGCCAACUUCACAUCCCCACUGUAUAUGUCCACUGUCCAGUAACACUACACUAGUGAUCAGAGUAAGGUCAGACCCAGACCACAUAGAACCAGUUUGAUUCAGUCCCAUUCUAAAUCCUAUUUUCCCUACCCUUAACCCUAGCUCCAAACCCUAACCUUAACCUUAAACCUAACCCUAGCUCCUAACCCUAACCCAAAUUCUAACCAUAACACUAAUUCUGACCUUAACCCUAAACCCCCUAGAAAUGGCAUUUGACCUUGUGGGGACCAACAAAAUGUCCCCAGUUGGUCCCCCCAAAAAUUGGAUAAUUCUUGUGAGGACUUCUUGUCCCCACAAGUAUAGUUAAACACGUCCACACAAACACACACACACACACACACACACACUGACUGACUGACUGACAUUUCUGCAACCUGGAUGUGUUAUUGCAUAAAUACGUUUUCAUUUCAAUGGUGAGUUCUUGCCUUGUUCACCGCCACUGAAAAGAAAACACACACACACACAUUAACAUCUUCACAGACUGACAUGCCCGUCCUGACAUGCAGAGAGAUGCACACUUAUGAGGAGAAGUAUGCUGUUGUGUAUAUCAUUUUAAUGGACAAUAUCAUUAUGAUGGCUAUUUAUUUAUUCUGGUUUAUUUUGUAUCUUUUCUCAUUGAAUUCAUUUUGAUCUAGGUUUGAUUGGCAUCAUUCAUUCAUCCAAUGAGCUUUAAUCAUAGCUUAAUUUGGGAAAGGGGCAGUGGUGUGAAGUACUUAAGUAGUACUUUAAAGUAUUUUUACUUACGUAGUUGUUUUGGGUAUCUGUACUUUACUAUUUAUAUUUUACUUUUACUUCACUACAUUCUUAAAGAAAAUUAUAUACUUUUUACUCCAUACAUUUUCC